ACUGGAGUUAGGAGAAGAUAGGUCUAUUAGUUGCCCUGUGGACAUUGGAAACCCUCCUGCUGAUAUCACGUGGUACAAAGGAAAUGAUACCAACGGCAGAAAAAUGACUAACUGCUCAACUCUUGAGGUUAGGAAUGUUGCUUCAAGUGACGAAGGAUGGUAUACCUGUUUUGCAAAAAAUGAAUUGGGAAAUGCAACCGUCCGGUUUUUGCUACUUGUUGUUAAACCAGCAUCAAGUACAGUUACUACAUCAUCCCAAACAACUCCCGCAGGUCAUGAAGAAGGCAAGGGCUCAAGUAACGACGUCAUGCUCAGAGCGUUUAUUGGUAUUCUUGCCCUCAUAAUCCUUCUUCUGAUAAUUUACAUAAUCUGGCUACACAGGAGAGGCGCUAAAGAAAAAAACCGUAGGACUUAUGAAGAAGAAAAAACUGUUUACGACAAUGUGGUGACGCUACAAGAUAUCGAACUAAGUCAGCACCAUUCAAGCACACCCGGGCAGCCCUCUUCAGAGUACGUGGGUCUCAGAGAAGCCAGAAAAGAUAAUAGAAAAGCACAAAGUACAAGUCCAGGUUACGAGCUUCCUUAUCCAGCAAAACGCUCCUGGGAAGUUCCAAGACAUCACGUUACCAUCGAUAAAGUCAUUGGUAAAGGUGCUUUUGGACAGGUUGCCAAGGGAACGGCAGUAGGACUUCAAGGGAGGCCUGAUACGACUACAGUGGCCAUUAAGAUGCUCAAACCUAACGCUAAGGUAUCGUACAAAAGGGAAUUGAUGAAAGAACUUGAAACGAUGAAGAAGCUUAAAAAACAUCCUCACGUCAUCAAACUCUUGGGAUGUGUUACGGAAUCUGAGGAACUCCUGGUACUGAUUGAAUAUGUCCCUUUUGGAGAUCUGCUUGGUUACCUGAGAAAGAGCCGUGGAUUAAAUGACACUUAUUACAAAGACCCGGAUAUCAAACCUCGAACCAAUCUGACGUCACAGCAGUUGAUGAAGUUUGCCUGGCAAAUCGCUGAUGGCAUGAGUUACCUGUCCUCAGAAUCUAUCAUCCACCGAGAUCUUGCAGCCCGUAAUGUGUUGGUUGGACAAAACGAAACGUGUAAGGUGACAGACUUUGGGAUGGCCAGAGAUGUGCAACAGGAAAAUAUUUAUGAACGAAAAACAAAGGGCCGUCUUCCAGUGAAGUGGACAGCUUAUGAGGCGUUGUUUUAUGGUACCUAUACCACCAAAAGUGACGUAUGGAGUUAUGGAGUUGUCCUUUACGAGAUUUUCACCAUAGGCGGUUCACCUUACCCAAGAAUGAAUGGAAAAAAAAUUGCCAACCUACUUGAAGAGGGAUACAGAAUGCCUAAGCCACAACACGUGGAUGAUCAAUUGUAUCAGAUCAUGAUGAGAUGCUGGCAAAAUGAUCCAGAUGAAAGACCAACUUUCACUGAAUUAAAAAAUCAGCUUAAAGACAAGGAAACUCUACACAAGAGGCUGAUCAACAUGAGAAUGUACGACAAGAAGUUGUAUGCAAACGUCGAGGAUUUAAUAGUGUAGUUAGGUACACGUCCUCAGCGUUUGAUUGGCGAACUGUUUGAACAUUUUGCCACAAUAAGUUUCACGGAAUGAUCAUCCUCGACUUAAGCGCUUACUUUGUUAGGGAGUUUUACGAAUCGGUCAGGUAACACAUUUAAUUCUAAUUUAGUUUCAUUUUCCAUAAAGGUGAAGCUUUAUUACGUCUAAGUUUUCGUAUUCAUAGUCAAAUAUACCGACAUUUUGCUGUUUAGCAUCUUAAGUACAUGCACGCUUGCUUUUGUUCAAUUUUCUUAUUAUUUUUUUGAACGAAUAAAGUCGUUCAAGACUGAAUCAAAUUAACAGAUUUAGAAAGCCGUGCCGCAAUCAAAUUGAUUGUCAUUUUCUUUUAUAGCGAGAGCAUGACUUUCUUGUCUUAGUUUUUACCAGCGCUGAUCAAAAGUUUAAGACGUAAAAAAGUGCAAACCCGAACUUUUCUUAAAUUUUUUAUUUCUGACUUCAAUUCGCCGAACAUUUGUUCAUCGCUAUAAAGAUGACAAUAACAACAAAUAACACUGAAUAAUAGAGAAGGUAAGCUUCGUGAUAUUUCAUUUUGAUAAACUUCAUCAUGAGGCAAGUUUAUUAAUAAAUUAAUUCAUGAUAAAAUUAACAGCAUCCCAUUCCUAGAGAUUUCAUACAGGAUUUAAGAAAUGUAUCAAAGAAAAGCCUUUACGUUGUUUUAAGCCUUGCUCAAUUAAAAGUGAACUAAGCCCUGGAAUCUUGGAUCGCUUGCCAACGAUCGCGUUUCCUAUUUGGAAUCUAGCAUAAAUGUAGCGGUAAAUUUUUACAAAUACACCGAAUAAAACAAAGAAUGGGACCAGGUUA